ACGAUUUCAGCAAGAUUUUAUUAAUUGGGAAAGCGGAAAUGAAGUCGUAGAUAAAUUUAUUCAAGAUGUUCAACUUAGGGCACGCAAUCCUAAUGAUAUCAUUGAAUGGAUCCCCUUCGAAAAUCUUAAAAAUAUCAAAUAUCUCGCCAAAGGAGGAUUUGGCGUUGUAUCAACAGCUAAAUGGCCAGAGGGCUACAUGGUUUGCUGGGAUCACGAAAAUCAAAUAUGGGAUAGAUGUUCUAAUAAAUAUGUCUGUCUAAAAAGCUUGAACGACUCUGCCAAUAUUUCUUCGGAAUUCUUAAAAGAGGUUCAGGUUCAGUUGAAAUUUAGAAGGAAAGGAAGUGCCAUUCCAAUUUAUGGAAUAACUCAAGAUCCAAAAACCAAUGAUUUUAUGAUCGUCAUGGAUUAUGCUGAGAAUGAAAGUCUUCGAAGAUUCCUUGACAAAUUCUUCAAUAAGCUCUCUUGGGCUGACAAA